AGAGAAGAGAGACUCUUAUCUAUAAGAGAGAAAGCACAAGCCUUUCUUUAUUGUUUUGUUAGAGCUGGGAAUCAAUAUAUUUCUCCAUUUGUCUCUAAAUUCUGUCUUUAGAAACAAAGUUUGUGUCUUUGUUUUUCCUAAGUUGUUGUAAGAAAUUAUGGUGGAUGUUUUGAGCAAAACAAGUCUAUUUUUUUCUUCUAAUGUUGGUAAUUAUCAAAACCAACAACAAAAUAGUAUUUCUGUGUUUGCAAAAAGUUGUAAGCUUAAAGGGUUCCCUUUGAAGGCCAAACCACAGGCUUUGAGAUCACAAAUUACAAGAUCUUCUUCUUGCAGUGAUUUUUAUGGCAAGAGGGUUGCUGUUCUAGGAAAUCAAAGCAAACCCAGAAGAGGGUAUCUUCCUCAAGCUUCGGCUGUGGCCCAGACUGGCCUUAGACUUAAAUAUGCUCAAAAAUGGUGGGAGAAAGGUCUGCAACCCAACGUGAGAGAGGUGACUUCUGCACAAGAUCUUGUGGAUUCCCUAAUGAAUGCCGGGGACAAACUUGUUGUCGUUGAUUUCUUCUCCCCUGGAUGUGGUGGCUGUAAAGCUCUCCAUCCCAAGUUAUGUCAAUUGGCAGAGAUGAACCCAGAUGUACAGUUUCUUCAAGUGAAUUAUGAGGAGCACAAAUCCAUGUGUUACAGCCUCAAUGUCCAUGUUUUACCUUUCUUCCGGUUAUAUCGAGGGGCUCAUGGCCGGUUAUGCAGCUUUAGCUGUACUAAUGCCACGAUCAAGAAAUUCAAAGAUGCAUUGGCCAAGCACACACCAGACCGAUGCAGCCUUGGGCCAACAAAAGGGCUGGAGGAAAAAGAGCUUGCUGCUCUGGCUGCUAACAAAGACCUCUCCUUCACCUAUACAACCAAAAAAGUUCAACCUGCACCAGUCCCUGCAGAGGAAGAGGUAGUACCAGCAACAGCCACAUCCCAUUCAGACGGAGGCCGGCCUCCUCUUCCUCUUCCUCUUCCUCUUCCUAUAACAAGCUUGAAGUCCGCUCAAGACUCAGAGGAGAAAACCCUAGUCAUUUCUGGGAGAUGAUGUGGUGUGGUCAGCCAUCAGUGUCCUCCCUACUCUCCUUGUACAGCCUGCACUACUUUCAUUUUGUAUCAGUAUUAGAUAUGAACAAGCUCAGGGCAUGCUGUAUGUAUGUCAUGGAGUUGCGCAGGGUUUUGGAUUUAUUUUUUUGGAUCCUAGCCUCUGCUAUUAUGAGCCUUAAGAGUGAUCUUUGUGAUUGUAAUUUGUAAAAUUAAAUUUAAUAUAUU